AUGCGUAUGGCGAUGCCGGUCCAGCCCGCCUCGCCUCCGGUGGACUAUUUACAGUCCCUCGCUCCCUCCCCCCGGCGACGCAGACGAGAGGUGGUUGCUCCCAGGAUGGAACCGCUGCUGCAUUAUGCCAGCCUUGGCACAGCACCUCCGUCCUCCGCGGGCUCCUCGUCCCACGGCACGGCGUCCGGGUUAUGCGGAGCGAAGAACCCGUGA